UGGUCGAUAAGAAGGGAGAGCACCAAGUGUGGGCCCCCGAAAGGGAAAACCAAACACUGGGAAGAGGUUAAUGACGUGUCCAAGAUCUUGGUUCGCCUGUCUCGCUUUGUGUCUCUGCUUUCAGGCUCAGCGAUCUCUUUCUUUUCUGUUCUGCUGCUUAUGAACUCCUUCUUCUCUCUUAUCCUAAGUCUCCACGCGCAUCUCUUCCAAAGGGUUUUAUUACCAGUUGAUGAAUCUCAAAUUGGGUGGUUGUAAGGGAGAUUAGCUUGGAGGAUGAUGAUAUAAUUGCCAUGCAGAUCUACUACCGUCGGUUUAAUUCGCAGAUCCAGUUGUCACCAAACUGUAUCUUUUAUCGCAGUAUCAACUAGUGAGUUUCUUGCAGAAAGGCGUUAUCAGCUUACUGACAUCAAGGCUUUUGGUCUGUUCAGUUAAGUUGGUAUCGUCUUUACAAACAUGCCCUAUUAUAUACAGAGACUUUAUAAUACUUGCAGAGCAUCAUUCUCGCCCAAUGGCCCGGUUUCUGAAGAAGCUCUUGAAAGGGUUCGUGCUAUGCUAGAGAAAAUGAAGCCUUCUGAUGUAGGUCUGGAACAGGAAGCGCAAGUGGUACGUAAUUGGUCUGGUCCUGUACAUGAGCGGAAUGGAAGCCAUCAGUCAUUGCCGCCAAUUAAGUAUCUGCACUUACAUGAGUGUGACAGCUUCUCUAUAGGAAUUUUUUGUAUGCCGCCUUCCUCUAUGAUACCUCUUCAUAAUCAUCCAGGAAUGACUGUGCUGAGCAGGCUUAUCUAUGGCUCAUUACAUGUAAAGUCAUAUGAUUGGCUUGAUUCAACAGAGCCUGAAGAUCCACUACAAGCAAGACCUGCGAAACUUGUUAGGGAUACUGAGAUGACAGCUCCUUGUGCAACAACAGUGCUAUAUCCCACCAGUGGAGGCAACAUCCAUUGCUUUAGGGCCCGGACUCCCUGCGCCCUUUUUGAUAUUUUAUCUCCACCUUACUCUUCGGAGCAUGGACGACAUUGUACUUACUUCCGGAGGUCCCCGAGAAGGGAUUUACCUGGUGAGAUAGAAGUGAAUGGAGUGACGUACUCUGAAGUGACCUGGCUAGAAGAGUUUCAACCCCCUGACAACUUUGUGAUUCGGAGAGGGCUGUACAGGGGACCUGUUAUUAGAACUUGAAAUAUUCUUGUACCAUCAUUCUAAUGGGAAUUGGGUAUUAGAUAACAAUAACAUUGGGGGAUUAUGGUUUAUGGGUUGUCCUUAGCCUUGGCAAUAACGUUUGGGCUUUUAUAGAAGUUAGGCAUUUGGCGUUUGUACAUAUUACUACACCAAUGUAAUCCUUUGAUUUACUGACCUCACGUUUUAUUAGUGAGAUAGAACACUGAAAGUUGGAGAGGAACUUUGCGCUUAAUGACAUUCUUUUCCCAUUUUGUUUGCUCAA